CUGUCGCAGCUAGACAAGGAGAAUGCUCGGCAGAAACGGCAUGGGGAGCGUUCGGACCGGAAGAAGAAGGCCCGGAGAGCUGACUAUUCGCCCCUCGAACCAGAGCCCCGUCGAACACUCGAUGAAGAUCGAGAUGAGGACAGAAAAAGGGAGAAGAAAAAGAAGAAAAAGCGAGUGGUCAGUGGUGCUGUCAUGGAAGAGGGCAGAUCUCAGGGUCUAAGAGGAGGAAGUGGGAAAGAUGACUGGCGCUGGAGCGAUCAGAGCUUCGAGAAGCAGGAUUACUACCUCAAAAAGCAACCCAAGGAAGACAAGAAAAAGAAAAAGAAGAAGAAGCUAUGGAUCAUUAUCGGGUGUAGCGUUGUUUUGCUCAUCAUUAUCAUUGUUGUUGCCGUGGUGGUGAGCCAGAAGAACAAGAACUCGGAAGAUGGAGGGAGCUCGAGUUCAAGUUCAGGUCUGAACGACAAGGACCGUGACACGGUGCCGGACAAGUGGAAGAACACUUAUUUGGACCCUUGGUACUGGCAAACCACGCAAGACUUCAACACGACAUUUACCGAUGAGAUGGUGGGAGACCUACCUGUCAUGGGCCUCAAUUCUAAGUGGGACGAUUCUAAGAAAGCAAACGAGAACGUCCCAGCAUUGAAUGAGGACUGGGGAAGUUACGCCGACCGACCAGCCAGGGGAGUCAACGUUGGCGGAUGGCUGAAUUUGGAGCCGUUCAUUACACCCUCGUUGUUCAAUUAUGACAGCUCGAUGGGUAUCAUUGAUGAAUGGACCCUCUGCCAGCAUUAUGGUUCUUCAGCUGAGAAGGAGAUGGAGAAACACUAUAACACUUUCAUCACUGAGUCCACCUUUCGGGAGAUUGCUGACGCAGGUUUUGAUCAUGUCCGCAUUCCAUUUGGCUACUGGGCCGUCCAAUUAAACGAUGGCGACCCUUACGUCUUCCGGAUAUCCUGGCGAUACCUCCUUCGGGGAAUCGAGUACGCGCGCAAGUAUGGCCUCCGGGUGAAUCUCGAUGUUCACGGCUUGCCUGGGAGUCAGAAUGGGUGGAACCACAGUGGCAGGUUCGGGGCCAUAGGAUGGCUCAAUGGCACUGAUGGCGCCUUGAAUGGGCAGCGAUCUCUCGAUAUGCACGACAAGUUGUCCAAAUUCUUCGCCCAGGAUCGAUACAAGAAUAUCAUCACCCACUACGGCUUGGCCAAUGAGCCCAGGAUGGUGGAACUUGAUACAAACUCGGUGAUCCAGUGGACAGAGAAAGCAUACAAGCUGGUUCGCGCCAACGGCAUCAAGGCACUGGUCAUCUUCGGUGAUGGAUUCAUGGGGUUGGAAAACUGGCAAGGAAAAAUGACUGGCAACAGUGACCUGGUCCUCGACGUUCACCAGUAUGUGCUGUUUAACAAUGACCAGCUCGCCUUCACCCGCCAAAAGAAGGUCCAGUACGCCUGCGACGGAUGGACCGAACAAACGGAGAUCAGCAUGAACACCUCCACGGGUUACGGGCCAACGCUCUUCGCCGAAUGGUCACAGUCCGAUACGGACUGCGCCCCAAAUCUCAACGGUGUUGGGCAGGGAACUCGCUGGGAGGGAACACUGGCCAGUGUUGACGGGCCCAAAUGCCCGACCAAGAACAAGUCAUGCUCGUGCUACGAGUCCAACGCGGGCUCGGCCAAGUGGAGCAACGACUACAAGAAAUUCCUCCAGAUGUUUGCGGAGGCGCAGAUGCACAGCUUCGAGAAGGGCUGGGGCUGGUGGUACUGGACUUGGAAGACGGAGAGCACCGUGCUCUGGAGCUACGAGCUGGCGCUCAAGGCCGGCAUCAUGCCUGCGAAGGCGUACAAGCGUGAUUUCAAUUGCGAUACGACCGUUCCGGAUUUCGGCGGCAAGUGA